GAAAGACUUUUCAUCAAAUAGAUCUCAUUUUUUUUCAUUGCUUUCCAAUCUUCUUUUUCAUCAUUGUUUGUUGAUUUUUUUUUUAUUUAUUCAUGUCUCUGUGUGCAUUUUGUUUAUUUGUUGCACAUGAUCAUCAAUGACACAUCUUCGAUUAUGAUCCAUAAUGAUCUAUAUAUGACAAUGAAUGAUUCUCUGUGCUGAAUGACCGCUGACAAACAAUCACUGCAACAGAAAAGAAAAUCUAUGGUUUCGAUUUUAUUCGUAUCGUUCGAUGGAUGACAAAUCAUCAUUUUUUUCUGUUCAUUGAAUGAUAAUUUCUGGUGAAUCAUUCUUAUUCAACUUAAAAAUGGCUUUUUUCUGUCAAUCUGAUUAAUUAUCACCAUCAUCAUCAUCAUAAUGUGAAUGACAUUUAAGAGUAUUUUUGACAAAUGAAAAAUUCUUUGCAUUGUUUAUUAUCAACAACAACGAUGAUGAUGAUGAUGAUGAUUUUGUUUCCGUCGUCUAUUUAUUGUCGAAUGAAUUUCAAUAUUUCACACGAUUACCACCAUAUAUACAAUACACAGGAAGAAUGAUUCAUUCGAUUACCAAAUAAUUUGUUUGAUUAUUUUUUGAAUUGAAAAAAAAGUUUCCCUUUUUUGUGAUAUAAUAUAAUUUUUUUUAAAUUCAUCAUCGUGACAUAACACGUGAAUAGAAAAAAAAUGGGAGCACAAGGAUCGAAAAAUGAACCAAGCCAUUCUCAUCAUCAUCCACAUCAUGCUCAUCAAUCACAUGAUCAUCAUCAUCAUCAGAUAUUUCUUCAAUCGCAACAACAACCAUUGUUUCAUCAUCAUCAUCAUCAUAAUCAUCCAGGGCUUUUAUUACAACAAUCUCAACAACAAAUUAGUCCUAAUCAAUUACAACAACAAUUACAAUUACAGCAAUCAAAUUUUCUUUCUGAUCCACAACAGCAACAACAACAAUUAAUUAUAUCGGGACAAUUUGUUGCCGGUGUUUUACCAUCAUCAUCUGUUAAUAAUAAUGGUAUUAUUAUUGGUGGCAACGUUGGUGGUAUAUCACCAUCACAUCAUUCAUCAUCAACAGCAACAACAUCAUCAUCUAGUCCAUUUACAGUGACAACAUCAACAUCAUUCACGCCACAACAACAACAAAAUCUAUUAGGUCAUCUUGAUUCAAUACAAUCACAAUUGGCUGCUGUACAUCAGAAUAAUAAUAAUAAUAAUAAUAAUAAUCAGAACUGCCAUCAAACAAAUCAUCAACAACGAUCUUCGAUUGCACAGAAAUCAUCAAAUUCAAAUCAUCAUCAUCAUCAUAAAUCACGGCAUCAACAACAACAGCAACAGCAGCAAUUAUUUGCAUUUGAUCCAACAAACGGUCACUAGUGUAUGUUUUGCAUGAUAAUUGAUGUUGAAAGGAGUUGAUUACAAGUGGAUCAUUUUCAGUGAAUUUUUUUUCACUUAAUUGUCAUUGCAUGUAAAACAGCAACGAAAAAAAAAUUCAUUAAAAAGACUUGUGAGCUGGAAAAAAAAAAUGGACCACCGAAUUUUUUGAAUAUAAAAUGUCAUUAUGUCAACCAUUUUACGAUGUAAUGAUAAUAAUAAUGACCUGAAAACCAAGCAACCAUUAUGAUGAUGAUGUGAUCUAUGAACUUGGGCGAUAUAAACAUACCGGUUACAACAUAUAUACAAAAUAUAAUCGGAAUGUUUUUUUUGAACAAUGAA